AUGCCGCCCAAGCGCUCAAGGAGCAAGGGCCCUGCGGCGGAGGGCGGCCUUCGCGCCGAGAUCGCCGAGCUGGUCAAGUCCAUGCCGGACGCAGACCUGCCGGCGGUCCUCGAGCAUCUCAAGAAAAACAAGUACAAGGACGAUGAGUCCCCCCUCGAUGAGGAGCUCGAGGCGGGCGCCAUCCGGCAAGAGCUGCACGGGCACAUCACCAGUUGCGCCCGCAUGACCAACGGCGCCUGGCACGACUGCUACGAGGAGACCGACGAGGAGUGCAGCGCCUUCUACGACAGCGCCGCCAAGCUCGUGAACAAGAUCUACGCCAUCGGCGUCAAGGAGAGGCGCUGCGUGGGGCGGUGUCACGUGGCGCUCCUGACGAUCGCGGAUCUCACGGAGGAGCUGGAGUCGGUGCCCCUGCGCAUGGAAGCGACCGAGUCGUGGUCAAACAUCAAUUUUGAGUUCCCGCUCCAGACGGGGGCUGCUGGACCUAUCUACCACCCUGAUUUCAUGGACCGGGUGCGCUUUGUGUGGCGGGACCUGCUGCGCGUGGCUGCGGGGCUGGAGGGCGGCGUGACGGAUCUCCCACGCCCCUUCAUGACGGAGGGCGCGGCGCCGCUGGACCAGAUGAUUGCCGACGCGCUGGCGUACAAGUGCGACGUGCUGAACGAGCGCGACACGGGCCACGGGGAGGAGUGCGAUCGCGACGCCGAAGGGAUGGACGCCCUCAAGAGCUUCGUGAAAGAGCGUCGUCUCGAGUACGAGAAACAAGCAAAGGAGGGUGUCAAUGGAUCAAGGACGAAGAAGCCGAGGAAGCCACUGCCCGUCGAGCUGAUCCCGGACCCGGAGCUGCGGGAGGGCGCGCGGAAGCUGGCGGAGGCGGUCGCCAGCAGGCGCUGGGAGGACGUGGCGGACAACCACAAGUCGUGGGAUGGGCACUACGAGUGCCACGACGGCAGGUUCGACCACAUGCCGGGUGAGUACGACGACGACGACGAGGACGAGGACGACUAUCGGGACUCGGAUGACGACGAGUGGUGA